CACACACAGAGACACACACACACCGACAGCCAGACACACGUACACACGGACUAAGCUGUAAAAGCCGCAGGAUCCAGACGCGGUUAACACUGAAGUUGACACAGGUUUUUAAAGGAUCAGUAGAGCGUGCCGGGCGGCGGUGGAGAAAGAGACUGAGGGCGGACAGUGCGAGAGGGAACGAGUCGUUCACCCUUCAGAGAAGUCUAGGCGCUUUGACAUGUACCCUGGAUGUCAGCUGAGUUACUAAGGUAGUGCUGCAUGUCAGUAGACAGACCUUGGUAGAACCUCAAGGCUCCCGGAGACCCCCAUCUCUCCUUAUUUUUUUGUGUGUGUGUCCUCACUGAACAUUCAAAACUGUUUCUCCAAAGGGUUUUGCAAAAACUCAGACUGUUUUCCAAAGCAGAAGCACUGGAGUCCACAGCAGAAGCGAUGGGCAGUGUGCGAACCAACCGCUACAGCAUUGUCUCUUCAGAAGAAGACGGGAUGAAGUUGGCCACCAUGGCGGUUGCAAAUGGCUUUGGGAAUGGGAAGAGUAAAGUCCACACUCGACAACAGUGCAGGAGCCGCUUUGUGAAGAAAGACGGCCACUGUAAUGUUCAGUUCAUCAAUGUGGGUGAGAAGGGACAACGGUACCUUGCAGAUAUCUUUACCACAUGUGUGGACAUUCGCUGGAGAUGGAUGCUGGUUAUCUUCUGUCUGGCUUUCGUUCUCUCAUGGCUGUUUUUUGGCUGUGUGUUUUGGUUGAUAGCUUUGCUCCAUGGGGAUCUGGAUGCAUCUAAAGAGAGCAAAGCUUGUGUGUCGGAGGUCAACAGCUUCACAGCUGCCUUCCUCUUCUCCAUCGAGACCCAGACAACCAUCGGCUAUGGCUUCAGGUGUGUCACGGACGAAUGCCCAAUUGCUGUUUUUAUGGUGGUGUUCCAGUCCAUCGUGGGCUGCAUCAUUGAUGCGUUUAUCAUUGGCGCAGUCAUGGCAAAGAUGGCAAAGCCAAAGAAGAGAAACGAGACUCUUGUCUUCAGUCACAAUGCUGUGAUCGCCAUGAGAGAUGGCAAACUGUGUUUGAUGUGGCGGGUGGGCAAUCUUCGGAAAAGCCAUUUGGUGGAAGCUCACGUGAGAGCACAGCUGCUCAAAUCCAGAAUUACUUCCGAAGGGGAGUACAUCCCCCUGGAUCAAAUAGAUAUCAACGUUGGGUUUGACAGUGGAAUUGAUCGCAUAUUUCUGGUGUCCCCCAUCACUAUAGUCCAUGAAAUAGAUGAAGAUAGUCCUUUAUAUGAUUUGAGUAAACAGGACAUUGACAAUGCAGACUUUGAAAUUGUUGUGAUACUGGAAGGCAUGGUGGAAGCCACGGCCAUGACAACACAGUGCCGUAGCUCAUAUCUGGCCAAUGAAAUCCUUUGGGGCCACCGCUAUGAGCCUGUACUCUUUGAAGAGAAGCACUAUUACAAAGUGGACUACUCAAGGUUCCACAAGACUUAUGAAGUGCCCAACACUCCCCUUUGUAGUGCCAGAGACUUAGCAGAAAAGAAAUAUAUCCUCUCAAAUGCUAAUUCAUUUUGCUAUGAAAACGAAGUUGCCCUCACAAGCAAAGAGGAAGAUGACAGUGAAAACGGAGUCCCGGAAAGCACUAGUACAGACACACCCCCUGACAUAGACCUUCACAACCAGGCAAGUGUACCUCUAGAGCCCAGGCCCUUACGGCGAGAGUCGGAGAUAUGACUGCUUCCUUCUCUGGAAUAUUUACUUUAAACUACAGUCUGUUGGUCAAAGGCCCAAAACAGUUAUUCAGACGACGGUACUGGUGAAGAGGUGGGUCAAGGCAAGUGGCCACAAGGGACUGAGGCUAAUACAAUGGUUUCAGAGAAAGACUGUAAGCUCGGAGAUGAACAUAAAGCACUCAACAUGCCUCCCCCUCCCCACCCCUCCCACCCCUACCCCCGUGACCCAAUGGCACAUACAUGUUGUAGAAUAAGUUAUGGGGUCUUUAUGUAUUGUUUUGUGUUUUUACAAAACUUGAACUUGCAGGCAAGCCUUGGUUGGGUAUUUGACUAAUCCAGAAUGCUUCUCUUUAGGGAACAAGAAUGUUUUUAAUGGCAUAACAAAGGCAAGACUCUGCCUUAAUUUUUGAAAAGCUGCUAACUACAUGAACACAAAUUGUAUUUUUGUUGUUGUGUAGUUUUUCUUUCGUGUAACUUAAAAGUCAGUGUUGAACUUUGUUGAAAGCUCAUGAUAUGUGCUUCAAAGUGGCAAGUGUUUGCCAAGAGCUGCCAAAACGAGAGCCUGAUUUUUUUGAGGCCAGUAAUUUGUUUGCUAGAAUUGAUUUUCUCUCUCUCUCUUCCUCUCUCUCUCUCUCUCUCUCUCUCUCUCUCUCUCUCUCUCUCUUUGGUUACAUAAGGGCAUUAUGUAACACUAGCCAAAUGGUAGCCUCUGGGUUUGUUUGUUUUGUUUUUUUUUUUUCUUCCAUGAUGUUAAUGGGUUAUCUCAAAUUUUAAGUUAGACUACCUAAAAUAAAUACCAAAGAUAAUGCACAUUUUUGCACAGUGGAGCUUAUACUAAAAGGGAUAAAAAGCCCCGUGGCUGCCUUGAAAUCAAGAGACAGUAACUUUGAACCUCAGCAAGACCUUGAACUGCCCUUUCCUUUUUCACCUUAUUCAGAAAAUAGAACAUCAUACACACAGAGUCUAGUAAGUGUAGUGCUCUUUCAGUUUUGUUCUUUCAUGCAACUUGUGUAUGAUAGGAGAAAGAAGAAAGGGGAAGUAAAAUUCACACAUACACAAUAUUAAAUAUCUUUUCUUUCCUGCGAGGUAGGGCUGGCCAGGCUAAUGCAUAAGGUGCGAGAUGGCGAUGUGCUCUUAGAUUUUUCUGGGUUUCCCCUUUUUGCACAUUCCAAAAUGUAUUCCUAGGUUGGAGUUCGUUGGCAUCCUCAAGGCUGAGCCGUCCAACAUGAAAGAUAAAUAAGGUUAAACCCUUGUGGCUGAAUUCGUUGCCCCAACUGUCAGGACACUUCCAGCUUGACUUUGCCUUUGAGAAGUUGCCACAGCUGGCCUCUAGGCUGGUUCUUCCGAUCGGUCUGUGUGGAGCAAGUCCCCUGGUGUCUGGGAAGCUGCAGAUGCCAAAGGGGGAGCCAGCGAGAUGUGGACCAGCCACUUCUGAUGUAGUACAUCAGCUCAAGUAUUCAGGAGGGAGAGGAGAGUUACUUUCUUUUUAGUGGUAGAGGGUAGGAAUGAAAAUAUCGCAGUAUUUGAGGGUCAGCAAGAGCCAUAGAAAAUAUAAGGCGGCCACAAGUAGAGGAGAUAAUGAACUACAAGAUUUACUUCUCCUUUAUAUAUGCACACCUGGGGUUGGAUCUGAGCUGAUCCUUCUAGCCUGUGGAUCCUGAGAGCAGGUUACUAAGGACACAUUGUUUUCGAGAAGUCUCUCCUGCCUGGCUGAUCGAAACUCUUUUAUUUUUUCCCUCUUGCUCUAACUCAAUAAUGGAACUCUUUUUUUGGCUUAAAGUUCCUUAUGUGUGAAUUCUGGGGGGGGGGGGGGGUGGUGGUGGUGCUGACUUUUCUUUUUAAUUGGAGUCUCAAAAUCAACUCUCUUAUGGUAUUAUAUCCCUGUAUGCCAUUAAAAAACAGCUUGUUCUGGAAUCCUGUAUUUUGUAAAUUGAUGUGUGUGAUAGUCUCUGGUUCUUGAACAGCCAUCUCUGAAAGCCGUGCCUGCAAUAAUAUGACAGAUUCUGCUGUUCUCAGCCUUCAAAGUCGAUGGGUUUGAAAACUGGUGUUCUUUUUACCGAAACCAAGACAGAGAUGUCAAGCAAGGGGAUGUUAUUUUAAAUCCAAAUGUAAAGGCAGGUUUGGAAAGUUGUUUAGAGAGUUGGAGGAAUUGGGGUUGAUGGGACAAAACGAUUGACAGAAGAGGGAACAAUUUGGCUGUUGACAGUGAGUGAAUACUGAGGGCUCCAGCUGCUGCUAUUUCGAUAUGUUGCAAAGGAAAAUAAUCAAACCAAAGAGUAUUCGGUGGUAUGUAAAUGAAAGGAAGAUGCGAUGGAGAAUGGGGGUGACCACUGAGAAGGUUCCUCCCAAACACACAGUGCUGCCACUUAAAAACACUUGAGAUAUUUGAAAAGGGGUGGGUCUGGGGGCAAGGAUGAGGGAGGGAAAUCUUUCAACUUCUUUCUGAAAAAAGGAAAAAAAAAUCUAACAUUUCUGGUGCACAGGUUUGUUUUUGUUUUUGGUUUGUUUUUUUUUUCUUUUCCAAGAAAAUUUUGCAGAAGCUAUGUUUUUAAAGUGUACAUUUUAUAAAGUUUAUCAGAUAUUUUCAUAUUUAAAGCCAAAUGUAAAUAGAAGUCUGUAAAGGGAAAAAAAAUUGCCAUAGAAAGUAUAAUUUCCGUAAUUUCUGAGAGCGAGUACCUAUAUGCUACCGGUUAGCAUGGUUUUAGCAAAUAUUUACCAGCCUUAUAAGGUUCGUGUUGCUAUGUUCUGUUAUUUAUUUCAGCAUGGACUGUUCAUUUGAAAGCUUUUUCUAGUUAUUAGUAUUUUUAACAAUUACAAGCUUUAAAUGGCAAUUUUUUUUUUUUUUUUUUUUUUUUUUUUUUUUGUCAAGAGCCAAGACGCAGGUAAUGCACAACAUGUCUUGUUGCAUUUUACCUUCAAAACAUUUGUCCUUAUUGACUGGGUCUCCUUUCCGUAAUUAGUGCACAUAUGUCAUUAGAAUGAAGACAGAGGAGAUUCGCCGUGAAUAUCUGGGGUCUGUUCCCAGCUAGGUGUUGCUUCUCUAUUGCAAGCAAACCCCCGUUGAAUUUACUUAGGAAUUGCUCCCUUUUAAAGAAUUUUUGCUCGUGUCUGGAUGGGCAUUAUAUUUUUGGGAGGAGGCAUAGAUUCCUGGCUAUCCUAUUUUUUAAAUAAAAGAUAGACAAAGUGAAUUCUAUUUUGACUAUUGAGAAUAGAAUAGUUUUCUAUCCCUCUAAGAAGUAUACUUGAAUCAGACAUUGUAAGGAUGUCGCUAUAGCACUGUAGCCAUUUCCAAAUUCCCGGAGAAAGUCUGUUUUACCUUAAAAAAAAAAAAAACCACACCUAUUAAUGCGUUAUUUUUUUUCUCCUCAUUUCCUUUCUUCCCUAUAAACUUCCAUCCCAAACCUUGAUGUCUGUUUGAUGCACUCCGUCCCCCCAAAUCAUGUUACCCUCGCGAAUAACAAAUGUCAGUUCAUGUUUUAUAAUAAGCCGCUCAGUAAGGGCAAGAAGCUUGUUCUGAGAAGCAGAGUGAGUUCUUUUUCACUCUGGGUCUAAUAAAUGUUAAGGUGAAAAAUAAAAGUGUUCUAUAGGCACCUCCCAACUCCUGACUAGAAUCUCUUUUUCUAGUUCUGUUGGGUUUCAGCUCUGGGCUCUGGCGAGUUGAACAAUCCCGGCCUUUGACAAUCGUGAUCACUAUUAUUUUCCCAUUUGCCGUCUUUUUGUAUCUAAAAGUCUUCCUAUUGUACUGCACAAACCAUGGAUUGUACAUAUUUUUAUAUAUUAUGUCUUAUUUUAUUAUUUCUAAAUAAAAAAUUAAA